AUGACUGAGCUCAUUCUUGUUGCGACAACAUUCUCCACUGCUGUUGCAACUUCUGCCAGAGGCCUUGGGCACAAAGUUGUCACUAGAAAGUCAAGGAGAUGCGCUUGCAAAUCCUGGCACUCGUACAUCACCAACUACCCCAAUUUCAUCUCCACCCGGUACCUGAAUAACUUGUGCUGCGAUCAUGGUUAUAUCAUACACGUGCCCAAGAACAAGACUAGGGCUCUUGACAGUCAAGUUUGUACAGUCUCUUGUGACCGCACUUUGGAAAAGAUAUCUGAGUUUAGAAUUCCCUUCACUUUUGAGUCUGGGUAUGCCUAUUUAGUGGGUUCAUGCAAUGGCCUUUUGUGUCUCACUGAUUCUUGGAGAUACUCUUUGGGUAAUAAUGCUAUAUACUUGUUGAACCCUAGUAUUAGAAAAUAUAAGAGGUUGCCUGGCACUUGUUUAAGCUACUCAGAUUGUUUUGAACUUGGAUUUGCGUACGAUUUCCAAAAUAAUGACUAUAAGGUUGUGAGGAUUUCACAGCCUUCUUCCAAACAUAUUUUUGAAGAAGUGGCAGGACAACCAAAGCCUAGUGAAAUGAUAUUGUCAUUCGAUGUCAAUAGCGAGAAAUUCAAAGAGCUACCACUCCCCAAAGACGAUUCAUUCAUACGAGGCGGUUUUGAGACAUGUCUUACGAUGUUCAAGGGGAAACUAGCUUUGAUUCAAUUUGGACUUGUACAACAAUAUGGUCCACAUGUCAUGCAAUAUUGGGUGAUGAGGGAGUAUGGUCUGCCUGAAUCUUGGAAGAAAUUUUGUGUUGUUCUAGUUGAAAGUCCUACCAAUUUCGUUGGUUUCACCAAGUAUGGUUCACUUUUAUUUCAAACCAAGAGUGAACCAAAGAAGGAAGAUAAGUUUGUUUUAGUUGACCCCAAAACUCAAUACAAAAAGGAUAAUAUUCACCUUAAAUACCCUUUAGAGGUAACUCUUUUAAAUUUAGCUACUUACAUGGAGAACAUUACCUUACUUGAUGAAGCAAAAGUAGUAUCUUACUAA